UUGUACCCAAUAUGUAAGCUCUGGCUCCCGCUUUCUGUUUUUCUUGCUGUAGGUGUGCUGCAGGUCAGCGGGAUGCGUAUAUACACGUCCGGAAAUGUCGAGGCGGUCAACGGGACGGACAUCCGUCUGAAGUGCACCUUUCAGAGCUCCGCUCCCAUCAAUCCCAAUGCCGUCGUCAUUUCCUGGACUUUUAGACCCCUGCGACCGGGCCGAGAGGAGUCGGUGUUCCACUACCAGCAGCGGCCGUAUCCCCCUAUCGACGGCAUCUUCAGAAAGCGCAUCGCCUGGGAUGGCAACAUAGCAGGCCGCGACGCUUCCAUCAUCAUACGAGAGGUCAAGUUCACCUACAAUGGCACCUACGUCUGUCAGGUGAAGAAUCCACCAGAUGUUCACGGUGCGGUGGGAGAAAUUCGCCUCCGAGUUGUCACUACAGCCUCUUUCAAUGAACUUCUCCUUCUGGCUCUGGGAAUCGGAGGCGGCAUCGCGGCUGUAGUCAUCCUCCUCAUCAUAAUCGUCUCCUGCAGGAGGUGCAAGAAAAGUCAGAGACAUCUGGAGGAAAAUGAGGAGGCUCCCCGCAAAGAGCGAAAAGACCCCACUGUGUGGUAAGCCCAAGCACAAAACAGAAGGAGAGAGGAGGGGGGGACCAGGAAAGGAGCAGAUGAGUCAUAAACAUCUCUCUUGUUCAUGUGGGGCAGGGGGCUCUUGGGAUCAGGGUAUGUGGUGCUCCCUCUUGGAACCUGGGGACUCUUUUCCUAUUGGAUGCUUUACUCUUUUCCUUCCUCUCCAUCUUUGGAUCCCAGAUUCGGAUAAAAAAAACAAAAAAAAAACAGGCAGCUGUCAUUAAGCAAAAAUAAACCGAAAACGUGCCUUUGAAGAGUUAUCUAUAGCUACUGAACUUUAGCCAGACUGCUGUAUAGCCUCUAUUAUAUCACUUGCCAUUCACUUUUGAGAAGCUUCUGUUUUUUUAUCAGUUAAUCUUUUCCCUUUUGGGCAAAUGGGCUUCGAGACAUAAUUCCUUGUUAGAGAAAACGUUUUGAUGAUGUAGAUGUAGAAAAACGUUUUUUUCUUCCCUACUAAUAUAUUUGUAGCCCCAUUGAACCACUGCUGUAUGACAUGUUGGAAACAGUGAAGCAAUUAAUAGAAAAACUGCGAAGCAACGAAUAAGCACUUUCCAAAGUUCUGUCAAGUCUUUCUUUGAAUGAACAAGAACUCCACGAAUCAAAAUUCAAAGCUCCAAUCAGCCUUCAUUUGGAUGAUUGUAUAUGCCAGCUGUCUGAUCCAAUUUGUUGGGGCUUUUCUGAAUCUACAAGAGCAUGCUGGUAUAUUGCUUUUUUGUUUCACUACUGAAGAUAUGCUACUGUAUUUGUCUGAGAUUUUGUGUUUUUUUUCAGAUUGAUUUUGUGGUUGUUUUGUUGUGAUAGAAGCAAGGUUACAAAAGCAAACUCAAUGGCAAGCACUUGUUAGAAACAGACAAUGUUUACUUUUGUACCGUAUCCAACAUAAGCACAAAAAGUUUCAAAUUUAACCAGUCGAUCAAAAGUUUUUGUCAUUUCUGUUGGUAAAGACAUUAUUUACAGUUUCUACCAGCCUGUUGUCUGUUUCAAACAAUAAGCUUUUUUGUCUUAAACAUCUUUUCCGUGGGCGUGUGAAACUUCUUUGCCUCUUUCCUGGGUUUUCAGAUCUGUCUGUGAAAGGUUCAGUGACCUUAAACCAAAACUUUUUCAUUUCAUCUUGGCUCAUCUAAAUCUAUUUUUCAAUUGCUUGGUGAAGAGGGUCCAAAAUUCCUAGAAGCAGAUGAGUAAAUAAAAAAAAAAUUGUUCCAAGUGGACGACCAAGUCCAGUCUGACGCUAACCCUAUGUCCCCGCUGCUGUGUUUGUGUCCACUCAACCUUGUCUGUCCUCGUUGUGUGUGUGGAACUUUGCACGUGUCUGAACAACAUCAACUUGUAAAUGUGUCACACAUGAACGCAUGUUCCUGUGUCUAUGUGUGCUGUGUCGUUCUCUCCCCGCUGUCUGUGCGUGCGUGUCCCAGCCAUCCAUCGAGGGCCAUCCACCUGUACAUAUCACAGACAACCCUAGAGAUUGACAGUUCAGAUGGCAUGAUCUCAGACCCCAGCACCCCAGAUUCCAGCUCCUCAGAGGAAGACGGCCCUAGCUCGGAUGACGACGAUGGCGGGGGGGAUUCCGACUGAGGAGGUGGUGACAGAACAGAGAGAUAAAGGCACUUAUGUGAAGAAAAGCCAGGGGGAAAAGAGUGGAUCCCACUCAGCUUCAAAGUAGUGGCUGCCACUGUGAUGAACACAAGCACAUUGUUCACAACGUAAGGGAAAACGCAGGCUUUCUGAACAAAAGGCAAAACAAAGGAAAUGCAGGAAUGUAAUCUUCUGAUUCAAAGCAGGGCUUUAGAUUAGAAGUACAGUUACCUUACUUUAAAUUGGACAAAGAAGUGUUAUUAUGUGUGUAACUUGGGAAAAACUUGAAUAAAACAGUAGGGCUCAGAAACUUAAAUGUAAUCUGAUAAAUGGUAUGGUAAAAAGGGCUGUAUUCUAUUAGACUUACCAAUAGCCAGUCUGCUGGUUAAGAUAUGGAGCUUGUUAAAUGCAGGAAAAACAAUAGCUUAUUCAGCAGAGCCAAGCGAAGAAACUGAGAUGCGGAUACAUUUAAAAAAGGAUUUUGCUGUCACGAUGAGCCAUUCACAGAUCCCACAGCUUUGUGGAAAAAGUCUUAAAUCGUUUGUGAGAUCAUCCUCUAUGCUGGAGUGUUCCAUUUUGUUUAGUUUCUUUUACAGAGAAAGGUCACGACUAAUAGUUUAGAUCUUUUUUUUUUUUCCCAGUUGUGCGGUCCAUAAUGAGAGGUGGGCGCUUUUUAAAAACACGCUUUCUCCUGCGUGCGUAGGCCAUGGUGCUUAGAAUGUGUCAUAGCAUGGUGCUUGAAUAAAAAACUGAACAAAAAAGGAAAAAAACGAACAACAGAAUGACUGUGAUGUGUCUGUCAUUAAGCUUUAAGGCCAAAUUGUUGAUUAGCAGGCAGCCACACACACACAUCUGCCCUGAAAGCCGUGUGGGAACGUGCAGUCAGAUCUGAAAACCCAUUGAUUGCAAAAAAGUCCUUGAGAAGCUGUUUCUUCUCUCCGUGCACCUGUGAAUCCAUCCCGUCCACCAACAAAUGAUUGUAAAUGCAUGUCUUUCAUCCUCACAUGGCAAAGAUUUUACUUGUGUUAAAUAUGUUUAUAGAUUUCAGAUUCUUUUUUGUUCUUUUUAUUUGCAAGAGAGAUUUGAUCACAUUGUGUAAAACUGUCAUGUAUGUUUUUGUAAUAGAGCUUAUAUAUAAAUACAAUUUUCUAAUAAAAAUACUUUUAAGUCUAUACCACACUGUCUUAAGAAAAUGUCUGUUC